AUGGGUAAGAAAGGAAAAGGUACCGGGUCCUUCGGUUCCCGACGUAACAAAUCGCACACUCUGUGCCGACGAUGCGGGAAGCGAUCGUACCACAUUCAAAAGUCUACGUGCGCGGCCUGCGGGUAUCCGUCCGCGCGGACGCGUUCAUACAACUGGAGCGUGAAGGCGAUCGGCCGCAAGACCACGGGUACCGGCCGCAUGCGCUACUUGAAGACCUUGCCCAGAAGAUUUAAGAAUGGUUUCCGGGAAGGUACGGAGGCGAAAAAGAAGGUCGCUGCGUAA